AUGAAGUUCUUCGUCUUCGCUUUGUUCGGAGCCUUGUUGGUCGCUCAGAUCGUAAGUUUGGGGUUGCAAUUUCGUUGCAAUUUCUACUGCUCGACAGAUUAGGGCUCAUAAAGUAGAACUGCACCUAAAAUUCUUCGAUUUCAGACAGCCAAGCCGAAACAGAGACAGCUUGACUCUGUGGAGAAGAGACAAGUCCGCGAUUACUUUAUUCGACUGCUAAAAGACGUCGGAAUCAAUAACCUGGACCACGGCACUGCACACCUUCUCUUCCUUGAUAUUGCGCUGAACGUAGGUGAACGCCGACAAGUUCCUCACAUUUGCAGAUAAUCGAGCUCGCCAAUUCGGUUAAGCUGUAUGAGCCAUUACUCCCGACCUACAACAGCUUCCUGGAGCAGUUGAUCAAAGCCGCCAACAGCAAGGAUGGAACUGGCCCCGAACUCAGCAAGGUUGUCGACCUCUUGCAAGCCAUCCGCAACCGCUUGUCCGACAAAAUCAAGGAGCCCAAACUGAUCAUCGUCGACGCCUUCCUCGACUCCGCGAAGGUGUUGCGAAGAGUAAGCAUAGAGUAAAAAUGUUAACAUAGCCGAUUUUUUAGGACCCUCAACACGCCUUGGCCGUAAAGAAAGCCCAAGCCAUCAACCAAGCCGCUGGUAUCGAGAUGGACGAUAAAAAAGUCAGAAACUUCAUUGUCAACAACGUCAUUGAGGCCUACAAACAAGGCCUCAACAUCAGCGUGAACCCCGUUAGAGCCGUCGCCAACGUCGCCAAAGCCCAUAUGGCUAUCGACCUCGCCCAUCCGUUGAGCACCCCGCUCCGUCUAUUGAUCAACGCAUUGGAGGCCGAGCGCGAUCUGAUCUACCCGAAACAAAACGGCGCUCGAAAUGUCGGAUUCGCCGUUCUCAAGGACCAGAUUGAUCUUUUGAAGAAGGCCAAGGCCAAGCAAGACGACAGCGUGCUUGAUGGCCUCUCUGGAAACGCUCUGGCUCUGUACGAGGAGAUCGUUGAGGACUUGAAGGAUUUGAAGCGCGAACUUCGCGCCCCUCCCGCUCUAAAGAACUGA